AUGAACCAACUUCUCACUGCACUGAAGAUUUUCUAUGUUUUGGAUCCAAAUCCGAAGCCAAUUUCUAAUCCAACUCCUGAAAAUAUUGAAAGUAUUACUGCAGAGAGGAAGAAACGUGAAGAGGAUGAACUUGUCUGCAGAGGUCACAUUCUCAAUACUUUCUCUGAUCAUUUAUAUGAUCUUUUUACUACUAUUAAGUCUCCUAAAGAAAUUUACAAUGCUCUAGAAGAAAAAUAUAAGACAGAAAAAUUAUGUACUGAUAAAUUCAUAAUUUUGAAGUACUUUGAAUUCAAAAUGGUUGAUAAUCUGUCUGUCUUAGACCAAGUGCAUGAGUUGCAAGUCUUGGUUAACAAACUCCGUGAUCUAUCAAUUAGUAUUCCUAAGUCUUUCCAAGCGGGAGCAAUUAUUGCAAAACUUCCACCAAGUUGGAAUAACUAUAGGAAAAAGCUUAUGCGUAUGGCAGAAGAACUAACUUUAGAACAAAUUAGAAAACAUCUACAAAUUGAAGAACAGAGUAUAAUUCGUGAUGAAAACCAUUUUGAUUCUGAAGUGAAGGUUAACAGUAUUCAAGAGGGAGAUGACAGAAAACAGAAUUAUCUUAAGACCAAGAAGGGAAAUACCUUUAAGAAGAAUUAUUCGACCAACAAAGACAAGAAAAAUAAGCCAUGUCUUAACUGUGGAAAAAAGGGCCAUUAUAUUCAUGCAGAUUCUUAA